CACACUUUAAACAGGCACCAGCUGUCAAGCGGGAACGCAUGCUGCCUGCCCCAAUGACAGCACGUGUCAAAUUUCCACGUAAGCGUUCUUUCGUUUCCGGCAUCGACGAGUGCUAGCGGACACAUUUCGGUUAAUUAAAAGAAUUGCUCUUUUAAUUAAACAUCCUCCAAGAUGGUUAAGGCCAAGCGUGAGAAGAAGCCAAAGUCGGCGAUCAAUGAAGUGGUGACACGGGAGUGCACCAUCAACCUGAACCGACGCCUGCACAAGGUCGGCUACAAGAAGCGCUCCCCGCGAGCGAUCAAGAUCGUGCGCAAGUUUGCCGAGAAGGAGAUGGGAACCACGGACGUUCGCAUCGACACCCGCCUGAACAAGGCUAUCUGGCACCGCGGAAUCAGGAAUCCACCUUUCCGCAUACGCGUGCGCCUUUCCCGCCGCCGUAACGACGAUGAGGACUCGCCCAACAAGCUGUACACGCUGGUCACGUACGUUCCGGUGCCCACGUUCAAGGAGCUGCAGACCGAGAACGUCGAAUCGACGGAAGAUUAAGCAGCAGGAGCCUGAGUCUGUAGGUGCGUGGAAUCGACGGAGCUUUGUAAAUAAUCGAAGGCUCGGUUGGCUUCCACGGGUUUUUUUGGACAGUUCGUCGGACGUGUGCGAAUAAAGAAGUGAGCGAAGAAGAGGAAAACAACAGCUAAUCCCACUCUAAAAAAAACCCGCCAGUGUGUUCGUUUACUAGUUCGUUCGCUGUUUUCGUACCCGUUGCCGGUGGUGUGUGUGUGUUCUGUGAAAGCAAAAUCUAAUUGGAAAGUUGGAAACAGCAAUUGAGAUGAUUCGAUCCGCCAAAGUUACAAGUGAUGAUUGUGAUGAUGAUGGUACUGAGAUGGUUCUGUCUGUGCAUCCUUGGAUGUAUGUUUGCUGAGGUCGCUUUACUUCGUUGCCAGGUGAUCGGUAAAGUCUGUCCUAAUCAAAUGAGUAAGCAAUGUUGCGUUUGAUUUUAAGAUGGCCACGCACCUUACAUCCUUUUUUUAUUGCAAAACAUGUUAAUUUUCUUCCCAUAACAAUAACAAAACGAAAUGCCCCAACCCUGCCAAAAAGCAUUGCAACGUGUUUCUUGGUCCCCCGCGUGUUGAGCUGAGUAGCGAUAACGGUGAGGAGGCCGACUUCUUGCCAAUCGCUCGUCAUUGCAAAACCUGCCCUGAGAGAUAGUAAUGGCUUCGAGGCGAUGUGAUAUUGUGCAAUCCCUCAAUGCAGCUGAUAAUCUUGUCUCACUUGGAAGCUAAUUAAAUGCAAAUAUAUAUCAAAACAAAA